CGCCGGCGCCGCGGAGCCGGCGGGGUGGGCAGGCUUGGCGCCGAGAGACGGGCGGAGCGGGUUUCAAAAUAUUAUUAAUAACCAUGCCUGAAAACAAAACAAUGCCCUCUUGUUCCAAUGGAGAUGAUCAUCCUAAAACCAAAAAAGAUAGUGCCACAUCACAAGCUUUGGUUCUAUUUGGUGCUCCAAUGGAAGCUGUUGAGAUUUUUCAUGAAGACAAAAUGACAAACACUGAAGUGGUGAAUAAAGACAUUUACUUUAGCUAUCCAUGUCGACGUCACAGCUGUUCAUUAGUAAACAUCCCAGCACCAUGUGUCAACAAAAUGAUUUCACACAUUCAAGAUGUAGAGUCUAAAAUACAGGAACAUUUGAAAAGGUUUGAAACUACUUUGGAAGAAUGGAGCAGAAUUUCUUCCACCAAAGACCUGAAAGAAGGUUGGAGUCUUACACCAGUGGAAGAGGUAAAACCAGAAGAAAGAGAUGAAAAGUGUCCAGAAUUAAAGCAGGAAAUGGAAACAUUGCUGUCAGAGGCCAUUCAUCUCAUUAAGAGUCUAGAAACUGACCGUGCAGAAGCUGAAGAAGCUUUAAGACAACAAAAAUCAAGAAAGGAAUUGAUUAAUAUGAAAAUUGAUUCCUGGUCAAUCUGGAGACUCCAAGAAAUCCCAUUAGCUGUGCAGAGAGGAAAAAGUUCUACUCUCCACAGUUUUGACAUUAAGUAUGAUGUAAUGGAACUAUAUAGACAAGUUCAUGAAGAACUUGAAAGAGCCAUAGAACACUAUGGAAAUGUCAAAUUGAAAGCUCAACGAAUUAAAGAAGAAAUGGAAAAAGAUAUUUCUUAUGAUAAAAUAAAAAUAGAAGCCUACAAGAAAGAGAUUGAUAAUAUAAACAUUGUACAAACUAACUUAUAUAAAUCGUUAUCAGACCUUAAUACUACUGUUGAGGAGCAUGAAGAUACAAUGACUGAAAUUUUGAAGGAAACAGAGAUAUCAACAAAUGAAUUAUAUGCUUUAACAAAAACGCUAAAUGAUUUAAAAAAAGUUUAUGAACAACUAGCUUGGAAGAAAAAAACAUCUGAAAAUGACUAUGUGCAAAAACUUACUGAUUUUUAUACCAUGCAAAAGAUAUGGAAUAUUGAACUUUCUAAUAUUGCAAAAGAUUAUUCAAAUGUUUUAGUAGCAUAUAAUCAAUUAAUGGAAGAAAACAGAAAAAUUGAGCUUGAUGUUGAAAACAUAACAGCUUAUAUCAGUACCAGUGUAAAGAAAAAAGCAAUACUUGAGACUGAUAUACAAUCUUUGAUAAGACUGAAGCAAAAACAUGACAAUUAUCUUAAAUAUAUAUACAGGGAAGGUUAUCACAUUGGUGCUAUUUACCACCUAAUCAAAUUUAAAACAGAGGAACUAGAAGAGAAAAUAGCAGACGUGAGAAGAAAAUACAAGGGUAGAGAAGACUUUAUGAAAAGCUUCAUUCGAGGUAUAGUGGCCAAUGGAAUAGCACUUCAGAAAAAACUGGUUGCCAUUCAAGAUGAUCAGGCACUUGAAAAGGACGCACUUCGGAAACAGAAGUCAACAUAUAUCCUAAUGCUGGAAGAAAUAGAGCGACCUUUGUUUCAGCUGGAACAGGAUGCUAUCAAAAUCAAAACUAUCUACAACGAACAUUAUAAUAGAUUGCGUGAUAUAAUUAAGAAGCGACACACCAUUAAAAAAAAUGUGGAAAGAACAAAGAAACAAUUGCGGAAAAGGGGGAAGAAAACCCGUGAUGCACUAAUGUUAGCUGAGGAAAAACAAUCAUUAAUUUUUAAAGAAAUAGAGUCUGCUAAAAGUAAAACAUUUCUUUAUCAGACAAAAAUAAGUCAAAUGGAUAAGGAUUUAGAAGAAAAAAUAAAGGAAAAGGAAAAUCUUGUUCAAAAAAUUAACAGUUUAAAAGACCAAUUUGUAACUAUCAGAUACAAAAGGGAACAUGCUCAAGUUGUGUUUGAGCAUCUCAUGAAUGAGAAAAAACUCUGUAAAGAGAGACUAUAUGAAGACGAACAGAAAUUCCAACUACUCCUUACCAUGAGGAAAAACACUCUGGCAAAUAUUAAAAGAAUACAAGAUCUUUCACUAGAAGAAAAUCUACGUUUAGCUCAAGAAUAUCUGAAAUUACAGAGUAUUUUCUUAGCAGAAAAGGAUGAUUAUUUCAAUCAAUAUGACCGACUAUUAUCAUAUGAUGCUUCAAUUAGAGACAAGAAACAGCUCUGUCAGCUGCAAAAAAGGAUACACAAGGUGUGGGAGAAGCACUUCAAAUUGGUGGUCCUCUACAGCCAGAUGAGGCUGGCCAAGUUCCAGAGAGACUCUCAAGAGAGUAUUCAGAAAAUAUUAGUUGUGCAGGAGAAAUCUUCAAAUUUAAUGCAACACAUCUUAGAUUUCUUCAAGACUUUGACAGAUAGCCAAUGUGAAAACGAUGGUUAAGCAAACAACCCAUGUAUCUUGGAUGCUGAAAUAAAAGACAAGAAAAGUCACACAGUUCAGAUAACAGUGUAAUUGGACAUUCACCUGUUUGCCAUUUCACACUUCCAUGGACGAAAAACUCACUCACCUCCCAGCAUGCUUUGCCACUCUUUUACUUACAGCAAAUCCAUAACAAUGAAACAGGUGACUUUCAUGCUGCUGUCAGGAACGAUCUAAUUUCAGCUCUGGGUGACUGAUUGCAAUUGGCUUUGCCUCAUCUGAUAAUUAAUCUAUGUCACCAUUAAUUGGAAGAGAGAAUAAUUACUGGCAGUGUUGACAGUGACUGUUCGCUUCCCCAGAUUUCCCCAUCGUGUUGGCCCAAAUAAAGGCUUUGCGAUUCAGUACUUAAAGUUUGUGUAAACUGUAACAAUGCCUAUGCCCAUGUGACACUUUCAGACACUCUGUCUAAUGUACUUUUGUUUUUGUGUUUACCAAUCUUUUUUAGCUCACUGAGAGCUGUCUCUCUCAAUCACUCCUCAAUGUUCUAUCUUAAUUUUGUGGAAGUUUAAAGUUUUCAAUGAGCUGGAGAUGAAUGAUUAAUGAAUAAAUUUAAAUGCUUCAUUUUGUCCA